UAAAUAGGUGCUUGUAUUUUAUUUGUGUUUGGAAGAAGCAAAAUGUUAACAAAAAAUUUACUUUACAACACUAAUACAUUAAGAAGGUCAUUUUCGACGGUAUCAACGAAAACACAAGAAUAUUUAAAACAAAAGAACCUUCAAGAAAAUGAAGUGAACACAAAACCGAUAGGAUGGGAUGAAGCGAAACCCUUUGAAAGUGUCCCAGGUCCAAAACCUUUACCCAUAGUGGGUAAUGGGUAUAAAUUUUUCCCAGGGGGUGAGUUCUACAAUAUGUCUCUUACGGAGCUGCACCAAAUGAUGCGUAAGAGACAUGGCAAUUUUGUUGCGUUAAGAGGAAUGCCUGGAAGUACUAAGAACCUGUAUCUUUCCUUUGACCCACAAGAUAUUGAAGUUAUGCACAGAAAUGAAGGUGUUUGGCCUCUAAGACCAACCCUUAAGUCACUACCAUAUUUUAGAACAAAUAUAAGACCAGAGGUGUUUCAAGGUGUACAAGGAUUAUUAUCAUCUAAUGGUGAAGAGUGGUCAAAAUUUCGCACAGUAGUAAACCCGAUCUUAAUGCAGCCAAAAACAGCAGCUCAAUACGUUAACAUCAUAGAUAAAAUAACAAACGAAUUCGUGGAUUUGUUGAAACAUUUUCAAAAACAAAGCAAACAAAUGCCUGAUAAUUUUAAUGUUUAUUUGAACAAAUAUGCUAUGGAGUCUAUUGGUGCCAUCGCUUUAGAUCAACGAUUAGGUUGUUUGGACCCAAAUUUGCCAAAGGACUCGCCUCAAAAUCAGUAUGUGGAAAGUGUUUUGGAGAUUUUCGAGUUGUUUUAUCAUUUGGAGAUACUGCCGUCUGCUUGGGAGACUAUAAGCACUCCAAAAUGGAGGUCGUUUGUCAAACAUAUGAACUUUAUGACAGACUUUAACCUAAAAUGUAUAGACGAGGCAAUGAAAAAAAUCGAAGAAAAUCCAUCUAAAGAUAUAAAUGAAAUGAGUGUUUUGGAAAAACUGGUUAAGAUUGAUAAGAAAAUCGCCUUGGCUAUGGUCAUGGAUAUGUUAUUUGCUGGUGUGGACACGACAAGCAGAACUCUUUCUUCAGCCCUGUACUAUUUAGCCAAAAACCCAAAAAAACAAGAUUUGCUUAGGGAGGAAGCCAAAAGACUUUUGCCCGACAAAAAGUCCAAAAUAACCAAGGAAAUUUUAAACGAAGCCGUUUAUACUAGAGCAGUUAUUAAAGAAACAACCCGAUUGGCUCCAGUCACUGGGGGAAAUGCUAGAAUGUUACCCAAAGAUGCUGUUAUAGCUGGGUACCAAAUACCAAAAGGAACUAUGAUAGUGGCGGCAAACCUUCUAGUAGCCCGUACGGAAAAAUACAUAAAAAGAGCGGAAGAAUUUUUACCAGAAAGAUGGUUAAGGAAUCACGAAAAUUCUGAAAUUUCUUACAAAAAUGUGCACCCCUUUACGUCUAUGCCUUUUGGAUUUGGUCCGAGAUCUUGUAUUGGAAAAAGGCUUGCAAAUUUAGAGAUGGAAACAGCUAUAUUAAAAACUAUACGAAAUUUCGAGGUACAAUGGCCACAUAAAGACAUCAAAUUUGCAAUGAAGUUACUUUAUGGAAUUGAUGAACCAUUGAAAUUACAUUUAUACCCUGUUGAUUAAUUAAAAUAAUAAUAUUAAUAUAUUUUUCUUUAACUAAAAUGUGUUAUGCA